UGCUUUCUUACUCUCACUGCAAAAGUCAUUGCUUAGGAAGACUAGAAAUUAGAAAAAAUAUAAGCUUGGAAAAAUAAUUGCAUCCUGAAGGUGUGCUCUUUCAGUGGAGUUUUAAACUACUGGAGGCUUGGUAAAUAUUUGGCAUUUAUUUAUGCAUGUUUUCUUUCUCCUGCUAUACAUCAUCUUUGAAAUACUAAACAUAAAAUUAACACUGUUGCGCCACAGACAAACAUUUGUCAUUGUUGUUAUGGUUUUUUUAGCAACAUUAGGAAAAAGGAAGUCUGUGAGGGAAUGUUUGAAGUCGAGUAUUAUUAUGUUGUGCUAACUCUUAAAAGCAAAAUUUAUUAGUGACUGAAAUAGAGAAUGUUACUGAGCAAGAGUUUAAAAAGUUGGCAUUUUUUAUUAUUGUUCAAUUGCAUAAACGCAAUUUGCAGAUUUUGCAGAUUUGAAGGUAUAGUUCUUUAUAUAGGCAAAGCCAGUUAAAAAUCCAAUUAUUAACCUGACUGUCCUCUGAAACUGUCCAAAUAUAAUGUUGUUCCAGAUGUUAGCAGUGCUGUUCCAUGUUUAUACUAUUCUCUCAGCAGCUGUUAAACUGUUUGAAAAAAUUACUCAGAUGGGUGGUAGUGGUAUUUAAUGCAGAAUCCACCCUCAAAAGGGUGGAUUACAUAAUGUAGGGGUAAUUACAUAAACAUAGCCCAAAAAGUAUCAUUUUAUCAGGAGAGCAAACCAAAGAACAUUCCUUCAGCCUGAUGUAAAUUAGAAAGGGUAAAUGCUAUCAUAGCCUCUUGACAGAAUAGGCUGUAUUGACUCUUACUACAUAUUUUUUUAAUCAAGAGAUAUAAAAUUACACAACCCUUUUUUUUUUCUCUUCCUUGUCCAUCCAUCUACAAAUGAGAAAUCUAAUCCUGCUAAUGCGUGUGCACAUGCGUAGCUUCACUUGUGUGAGUAAUCCUUUCAAAGUGGGAGAACUACUUUUUUGGAGGAAAGAAAGCAACUCUGCAGCAUGACAUUUGAAGAUUUUGAGAACUAUUCUUAUUUCUACGACCUGUCUGAGGAAGAUGAGUCACCCCAGUCUUCCCUCAGCAUUGCCCAUAUUAUUUCCCUUUUCUUUUACAGUGUGGCAUUUCUGCUGGGAGUGCCAGGUAAUGCCAUUGUCAUCUGGUUUAUGGGCUUUAAAUGGGAUAAAUCUGUUUCUACCCUCUGGUUCCUCAAUCUGGCCAUUGCAGAUUUCAUUUUUGUUCUCUUCCUGCCCCUCUAUAUUACAUACGUGGCAAUGGGCUUCCACUGGCCUUUUGGGAAGUGGCUCUGCAAAAUGAACUCAUUCAUUGCACUACUUAAUAUGUUUGCCAGUGUUUUCUUCCUGACGUUCAUCAGCCUUGACCGCUACAUCCGCCUUGUCCACCCAGUCUUUUCCUACAAGUAUCGGACUGUGAGGAACACCCUUGUUCUCAGUGGGGUCAUUUGGAUGUCAGCUGCAAUUAUUGGUGGCCCUGCUUUAUACUUUAAAGACACAGCUACAAUUCUCAACAAUGUCACCAUUUGCUACAACAACUUCCACGUGCACGACAGAGAACUUAUUUUGCUGACACAUCACAUUCUCAUUUGGGUGAGGCUUGUGUUUGGUUACCUCUUCCCUUUAGUGACCAUGGUCAUUUGCUACUCAUUGCUGAUUGUCAAAGUGAAGAGGAGAACUGUAUUGACUUCCAGCAGGCUUUUUUGGACCAUCAUUGCUGUAGUUGUGGCUUUUUUUGUUUGCUGGACACCGUAUCACAUAUUCAGCAUCGUGGAGCUGUCUGCUCACCAUGACGAAAACUUGCAUGACUUACUGCAGGAUAGCAUUCCCCUCUCCACUGGCCUUGGUUUCAUCAACAGUUGCCUCAAUCCAAUCCUCUAUGUUCUGAUAAGCAAAAAGUUCCAGGCCCAGGUCAAGACAACAGUCUCUGAGGUGCUGAAACUGGCUCUGUGGGAAGUGAGCCGCUCGGGAACUGUCAGCGAGCAGCUGUGGAGCUCAGACAACAGCCACGCGCCUGUGCAUUAUUGUGAAACUGCCCAGUGACUGUUCUCGUCACCAUCCCUCUCCAGAAGAGCUGACAGGAGAUUUGGAGGUGUUCUUGACUUUACAUCUGACAGUCAGAUGUGCAUCUUUGCAUAUACAGUUUUCUAUAAACAGCUGGCUUAACUGCACUUGCUGCUUUAAUGGAAAGGUUUUUAACGGACACAUCAUUUGGGUGUGGUGUCCUUGCAAUGCACAUACAGCCUGAUCUGAAAGUUGUCAGCAUAAGUGGAAUUACUCCAACUGGGUUUUUUUAAUCCCAUUGUUUUGCUAUGGUUCCAUACCUCACUGAUAUCAAAAGAGCACAUAAUAAAAAUAUUCCUCCUUGCCAUCACUGAUACCUCUCGUUUGAGGCAUUCUCAUCCAAGAGGUUGUGGCCAUACAUCAGGGGGCCAUGAGUCCUAAUUGUCUAGUGCUGCCUCAAGUAGGAAUCACCUAGCUACAUCCCAGCUAGGUGAAGCUAUCCCAGCUAAGAGAAGUGGCUCCACUCUGCAGCUGGAGAAGAAUCCGAAGGCAGAGAACACUGAAUUGCUGCCUUCUCUUGGCAAAAAAGAAAAAUAGGGAAAUAAAAUCUGUCUUCUCCCAAUGCUCUUUAUCUUAUACCCAAAAUUAAGACAGGAGACCCUGUGAUUUCUGAUCCCUUAAUUCUUGUGCUUUUAGCAUUAGCUGGGUGCGAAAUACUGAGCAGAUGUUUCGUAUAGAUAUUAGGUUAAUUUGAAAUGUGCAAAGAAUUAGUGGGAAUAUUUCUUGCAGAAGCUGAGAUUAAAGGUCCUGUGCCAUACUUCUUCUUUUAUGUUUUAGUUUUUAGGCUUAUAGAGGUUUACAACUUUUAGGUUUACAGAGGUUGUUCUUUACUGCUCUGUCAAGCAAAGGUAAAGAAAUUAUAUAACAUUUUGUUUGCCUUAAUGUCAAGCUUCAAAAAAUGGGUGGAGUGAACUCAACAGUAUUCUGUUACAAGUCUGUAGACAAAUUUGUACUUCAUUGCCGAAUGAGAGGCAAGACAGUUCAUCCAGGAAAUGGAGUCCACUCCCAUAAGAAAGAUGAAGUAGUCCCAGUUAUGCUGUAUUCUGUUCCAACUUGUUGCUUGCUUCAGAAUCACAUGCACCAAUGCAAAUAUAUAUACGUACAGAUAUGCUAUGUGGAGUGAACCAAUAUCUCAUGCAACACCACUUGAUUAAAAAGUUGAAUGUGGGAGGAAACUCCACUAAAAGAAAAAACAUAGAGGCUUGGGUAAAUUUGAACUGGUUUUAACUUGCUAUUGGCUUAGGUAUAUAGAAUAAAAUUGCCUUUCAGAUAAUCUACCUAGUUUCUACGGCCUGCCAGCACACAUUAGUAGCAUUUAUACUGUAAUUGAGGCCUUAUAUGUAAAUAGAUUUGCAUUUGUAUGAAAUAUAUAUAUGUAUGCAUGACCACACCCAGUACUGGUAGCUGUAUGAAUAGAAACAGUCUGAAUGUGUUCUUUAACUAUUUCUUUGGGCUCUGGUUUCAGAGCCUGGGAGAGUCAGGCAGGAUCAGUGGAAUUUCAGUGUAUUUCACUUUGGGCUGGAAAGCUGGUAAGCAGCACUCCUUUGAGUCAUUUACUGCCUGGUACAUAGUUACUCAUCAUAAUAUUUUGGCACUGUGCUGCUGAAUAUGCCUAAAUGAAACAUCUUGGAGUUUUUCUUCACAUGUUCCCUGACAUCUUUCUAGGAAUGAUGUACUUCCUGACUGCAGUCCAAG